AAAAAGAACAGAAAAAAAAGAAAAAGAAAAAAAGAAUCCCGGAACAUUUUGCUUCGAAUUUUCUGGCUGAACAUGACGGAAGGUAUCUAGCAGUAGCGCCGGUGAUGGAAGCGGUGGCGGAAGGGCUGUGGGCGCUGGCGGAGCAGCACGAGCAGCAGCGGGAAAUACGGGAGGCCGUCAAAUGCCUCGAAGCCAUUUGCCAGAGCGCGGUGUCGUUUCUCCCUAUAAUCGAAAUCAAAACGCGCCUCCGCCUCGCCGCGCUUCUUAUCAAGCACUCACACAACGUCAACCACGCCAAAUCUCACCUCGAACGAUCCCAACUUCUGUUGAAGUCAAUUCCUUCUUGCUUUGAGCUGAAGUGCAGAGCAUAUAGUUUGUUGAGCCAAUGCUACCAUCUUGUGGGAGCAAUUCCUUCACAAAAACAAAUGCUUAACAAAGGUUUAGAACUUGCGGCUGUUUCUGGAGAGGGGUUUGCGGGGAAAUUGUGGUCUUGCAACUUCAACUCUCAGCUUGCAAAUGCCCUGAUAAUUGAGGGAGAUUACCAUGGGUCGGUUUCAGCUUUGCAACAAGGCCUUACAAUUGCAGUAGAGAUGUUUUAUCCAGAAUUGCAGAUGUUUUUUGCUACUUCGAUAUUGCAUGUGCGUGUGAUGCAGUGGGACAGUACACUUCUUGUAGAAGACUCUGUCAAUGGAUGCAGUCUUAUAUGGGAAUCUCUUGAGCCUGAGAAAAAACAACAGUGCCCCGGUUUACUGUUUUACUAUGAGCUGCUGCAAUUGUUUUAUCUUCUACGGAUAUGUGACUACAAGACUGCUGCUCAACAUAUUGAUAAAUUGGAUGCUGCUAUGAAGUCUGACUUGCAAAGGAUGCAACAUAUCCGAGACCUCACCAAUGAACUAAAGGCAUUGAAUCAAACUCUGUCACGCUCUGACUUGAACUACAAAGACAGAUCUGCUCUUGCUGAAAAACAAACUAAUCUUGAGGAACAGCUUAGUAAUUACAGAGGAGAGACUUCAACUGGGAAAGAAACCCUGGAACCUGCAUAUUUUGGGAAUGUGAAGCGAGCAUGGGCUGAAAAGCUGGAGUUGGCUCCACCUCCUAUUGAUGGGGAAUGGUUGCCAAGAAGUGCAGUUUAUGCAUUAGUUGAUCUUAUGGUGGUUGUUUUCAGCCGGCCAAAAGGGCUUUUUAAGGAGUGUCUGAAGAGGAUUGAAUCUGGUGUACAAAUCAUCCAAGAGGAGCUAGUGGAGUUAGGUGUUACUGAGGGCAUUACAGAAGUCGAGUUGCAGCACUCUGCAAUUUGGAUGGCUGGUGUCUAUUUAAUGCUUCUAAUGCAGUUCCUAGAGAACAAAGUAGCAAUUGAUCUUACACGAAGUGAAUUCGUAGAAGCGCAAGAGGCUUUGGUGCAGAUGAGAAAUUGGUUCAUACGAUUUCCAACCAUCCUACAGGCUUGUGAGAGUACUGUUGAGAUGCUAAGGGGCCAGUAUGCUCAUUCCGCUGGCUGUUAUGAUGAUGCUGCUUUUCAUUUUCUUGAAGCAUCAAAGUUGACUCAGAGCAAAUCACUGCAAGCCAUGAGCCACAUUUAUGCAGCAGUCUCCUUUAUUUGUAUGGGCGAUGCUGAAUCUUCAUCAAAGGCUGUUGAUUUGAUCGGACCUGUUUUAGCUGUGAUAGAUUCUUUUGUAGGGGUGCGAGAAAAGACCACUGCCCUGUACACUUAUGGAUUUAUACUCAUGAGGCAACAGAAUUUACAAGAAGCCAGAAUCCGACUAGCCUCUGGCUUGCAGAUCACCCAUACUUAUUUGGGGAAUCUUCAACUCGUUUCACAGUAUUUGACUGUGCUAGGAAAUUUGGCACUGGCUCUGCACGACACUGGACAAGCUAGAGAAAUCUUAAGAUCUGCUCUAACUUUGGCGAAGAAACUCUAUGACAUUCCAACACAGAACUGGGUUCUUUCAAAUAUGACAGCUUUAUACCAGCAAACAGGAGAGAGAGGAAGCGAAAUGGAGAACACCACGUACCUGAGUAGGAAAGCAGAUGACUUGCAGCAAAGACUUGAUGCUGCGCGUUCGAAUGUUCAUCACGACGAACUGAUCGGCAGAGUGAAACUCCAAGUUCAUCAAUUGAGCGAACACGAGAUGAAGCAGGCGAUAGCUGGCCCUUCCAAAACUAUCGACCUCGACAUUCCCGAAUCUGUCGGCCUUCCGGCUGCGUCGCCGAUGCGGUCGUCGGCGAGGUUGAUGGAUGUGGACAUUGGGAGGCUUCGGAAGAGAAGAUUAUAGUGUCCCACUUGUUUGAACAUGUCAAAUCAUGCAACGAUGGAAGGCCAAAUGCGUACAAGUUUGAGCUUCAAUUUAAUGUAAAUGUCCCUCUAUUUCUUAUAUUAUAGAUUUGUUCCUUUCCUUUUCUUUUUGUUACGAGAAAAAAUUCUUUAGCCUAUAUGGGGACUCUAGGUAAAUCUCGUUUCUGUACAAUGUAUAGGAGCUUAUUUUAUCUGUUGGCAGUAAAUCUGGUCUUUGAAGGUCCUUUCGCUAUUAA